UUGAGUCAAAAUACUAAUGGUUUAAUACACUUGUAUAGCCAUAAUUAUCGCGGUUUUGACAAUAAUAGCCACUUUUUGAAAAAUACACUAGAAUAGCCAUUCCGUCCAUAACUUUAACGGCAUUAAGAUAGGCGCUGACUGGACUAACGAUUUUUUAUGAGGUGGCAAAUUUUUCUCAAAAGCUUUGCCACGUGAAAAUAUCCUUUAUAUUACAAUUAAUUAGAAAACAAUAAAUAAAUAAAAAUAAAAAAAAUAAAGACUCAUCAUCUUCCCCCUUUUCACGAAGCUUCGCACCGCCAUCUCCAUACCCAAGCUCCGCCACCAUUCCCUCCACCUCUUUUCCUUCAUCCUCCCUCUGAUUUCUCUGUUUAAUCCCAAUUUUCAUGUGGAUGCCAAGCAAUCAUCGAUCCAGACCUGCUUACUUGCUCAGUAGACGAGGUUGAAGAAGAAUUUGGGUUUCCUUUGCACGAGUAGCAGCGGGAUUGAAAGUUCCUCUCCGCCGGCAUCAUUGGGUAACUCGAAGAACGAGAAGGAGCGGGAUCAAGCAUUGUCUUCCUUUUUCCAAUCCUUUGUCCCGCUGCCCACUCAAAGUUUCAUUAGAAAAUCCAAAUCCCCCUCCUUCUUCCUCCUUCAGAUCUGAACUCCCAAAUUAAUUUGAAUCCCAGAAACCCUAGUGGGAAAAGAAGGAAGAAGGGAAGGAAGAGUCCGAGAGUGACCAGCACCUGAUUCCUCGGACAGUCCGCGACUAACUCGAGCGAUGAGUUGCCGGUAAGGUCGCCGACGCCGCGUUCGACAAAGGAGACGAUGACGGCCGACGGGGAUCCCACUUGGUGCACUUGAGCCGUCCAAUCGUCAUUGCCGCUUCAUCCACCAUUCUCCUCUGUUCGUCAUUCGGCUCAGAGUGAAACAGAUCAGAGAGAACGAGAGCCACUCCGCAGCGUCGAUUGUGAAACCCCAACCACCGCCAAUGCUCAAAAUCUGGCACCGCCUUUUCCAAUCUCCUUCACCGAGAACUCCAGAGCUCACCGGAGAAAUUGAUGAGAUCGUCGUAGACCUCCGACCCGCCGCUACCCCUUAUCGAAUCUGCGUCAAAAUCGAAUUGGGUCCAGCCACCGCCGACGCCGAGGUCGUCGGGACUCCCGUCGAGAAGGAAGGAUUAAAGAAAAAUAGAAAUAGAAAAUUAUUGAAAUAAUACUUCAUUUUUUGAAAUUAUUUGGAGUUUAUUAUAUUUUUUUCAAAAUAAGAGGUGGCAUCUACGUGGCAUAACGAGUCUAGUUGGAGCUGAUGUGUCGUCUAGGUGGCAUCCACAUCAGAUUAACAUCCAUUUAACUGACGGCAUUUCUAACGUCGUUAAACUUUGUAACAGAAAUUGCUAAAGUUGUCAACCUAGUUUCAAAAGCAU